UAGAGAGAGAGAGAGAGAGAGAGGAGAGACGUUCAAUGCUCUAAGCAGAAAGAAUAUAAAGCGAGAAGAAGUAUCGAUUGUCUCCAGCUUCUCCGAUUCUCUGAGAUUUAUCCUACCUUUGAUUGCUCAGACGUAGCUCAAAUCGGAAAUUUUGAUUAAGUUCAUAGAUUCCAAUACCUGAGAAAACAAGCUUAGAAUGGCUUCAAUGGUUGCUAAGGCCAGUGGCAGUAGUAGUACUAGUCAACUUUCAUCUGCUAUCUCGCUCCAAGAAAAAGUAAGUAGGAAUAAGAGAAAGUUUCGGGCUGAUCCACCUCUCGGUGAUCCAAAUAAGAUUCUUACUUUGCCUCAGAAUGAAUGCUCGAGUUAUGAAUUCUCGGCUGGGAAGUUUGAAAUCACCCCAAAUCAUGGACAUCCGAGUGGGUGCGACAUGUGUAGCAUUAAACAACAGGUCCAAGACCAUUGUGAUGCCUUGAAACUUGACCUUGGAUUGUCUAGUGCCGUAGGGUCAUCUGAGUUAGGACCAAGCCGGUCUAGAGAUGAAAUAGAAGCAAAAGAUGAGUUCUAUGACGCUAAUUGGAGUGAUCUUACAGAAUCCCAGCUUGAAGAACUUGUUUUAAGCAACUUGCAAACAAUUUUCAAAAGUGCAAUAAAAAAAAUAGUUGCUUGUGGUUACAGUGAAGAGGUUGCAAUAAAGGCUGUUUUAAGAUCUGGUCUUUGUUAUGGGUGCAAAGACACCGUGUCAAAUAUAGUGGACAAUACUUUAGCAUUUCUUAGAAAUGGCCAAGAGAUCGAUCCUUCAAGGGAGCACUACUUUGAGGAUCUACAACAGAUGCAGAAAUAUGUAUUAGCAGAGUUGGUUUGUGUUCUUCGAGAGGUUAGACCUUUUUUCAGCACUGGGGAUGCAAUGUGGUGCUUGUUGAUAUGUGACAUGAAUGUGUCACAUGCUUGUGCAAUGGAUGCUGAUCCCCUGAGCAACGUAUUUGGUGAUGGGGCUCCAAAUGGGAGUUCCACUUUUUCUGUGCACUCCCAGAUGAAAACUGAGGCUAAAAGUUCUGAACUCAAUUUUCCAAAUCCAUGUAAACCAAAUCCUUCAAUUCCUUGUGCACAUAAUUGUCAAUCUGAGACAGCUACCAUGGAUUCAAUUUCUUGUGCACAUAAUUCUCAAUUAGAGACACCCACCAUAGCAGCUGUUCCAAACUUGAGAAGUCAAAAAAGUUCCAUUGUUCAGGAUGGACUUGUCUCAGAGAAAGAGAAUUUGAACUCUGUACCAGAUACCAUCGAUAAAUCCUUUGGUGUUGCAGGAACAUCCCCAUCUCCUGCCCAUGAAGAGAGGUUUGGGGCCAGUAGAAAGAUUUCUGGUAUUAAUAGGAGAGAAUAUAUACCUCGACAGAAGUCGCUUCAUGUGGAGAAAAACUACCGCACAUAUGGUUCUAAGAGUACUAGAGCAGGAAAACUUUUUAAUGGGUUAAUUUUGGAUAAGAAAUCAAAGUCUGUUUCAGACUCUACUGGUGUUUGUGUAAAAAGUGCCUCCUUGAAGAUAAGUAGGGCGAUUGGAGUUGAAUUGCCUCAGGAUAAUGGAAACAGUAAUCUGACAACAUAUAUUGGGCCUGUUAAAUCUGUUUCUACCUUACCUAAAACCAUUGUUCCAUAUACAUUACCUACAGUCAAUGCCCCACCUGCAUUAUCAGCUGCUGAUACUGAGCUUUCUCUUUCACUUCCUACAAAAAGCAGUGCUGUUCCGAUGCCUGUCACUAGUAAACCUGAGGCUUCAAAAUGUAGUUACGCUGGGUUACCAGAUGACAAGUCCCUGGGGCAGUGGGUCCCACGGGACAACAAGGAUGAAAUGAUUUUGAAGUUAGUUCCAAGGGUACAGGAGCUGCAAAAUCAGCUACAAGAGUGGACAGAGUGGGCGAAUCAGAAGGUUAUGCAGGCUGCUCGUAGGCUGAGCAAAGACAAGGCUGAGCUUAAGACACUGAAACAAGAGAAGGAAGAAGUAGAGAGGCUCAAGAAAGAGAAGCAAACUUUAGAGGAGAACACCAUGAAGAAGCUCUCUGAGAUGGAGAAUGCCUUGUUCAAGGCUAGUGGACAGGUGGAGCAUGCCAAUUCUGCUGUUCGGAGGCUUGAGGUGGAGAAUGCUGCAUUGAGGCAAGAGAUGGAGGCUGCUAAAUUACGAGCGUCGGAGUCAGCUGCAAGCUGUCAGGAGGUAUCGAAGAGAGAGAAAAGGACACUGAUGAAGUUUCAGUCAUGGGAAAAGCAAAAGGCUUUGUUUCAGGAGGAGCUUGUAGCUGAAAAACAUAAGUUGUCAAAGCUGCAACAAGAACUGGAACAAGCUAAAGAUCUCCAAGAUCAACUUGAGUUUGCAUUCAAACAGAUUAAAGGUAAACACGAUUGCUUUCAUAAUUACUGGGUCAGUCAAACAAUUAUAUGACGCGUGCAGUGAAUGGAUCCAACAUAUUUUCCUGAGAGGCUCUUUUAAAAAUACUUUGAUUUGUUUCAUACUUUGGACAAUCAGUUAUUUAGCAGCACUCCAGGGAAGGAAUUUAAAGGCAGUGAAGAAGGGCCACUCAGGUUGAUUUCUGCGUAGGAGUUUUCUCAAUUGAACCUAUGAUCCUCUGGUAUUCCAUUUCUAUAUGGCACAUAAAAUGUACAAUAAGUACGCGAGGGACGUUUCAAAGAUAAAAAUGAUACAUGAUGAACAUCCCCCCUAGAUAGAGUUAGAUGAUGGAAAUUAUUCAUGUAGUCCACCUGAAGUUAUGGGAUUUAAGCCUUUUUUGAGUUUAUUUGAGAUGGAACAUUUAGAUGAUAUACAUGUGCGUGUGAUAAUUGAUAUACAUGCAUGUUCUUCAUAAGAAGUGAGUCAAAUAUUGACCAGACACUUUCUUUUUCCUGAUAAUCAUGACAUACCUUCAAUGUCUUUCUCACUAAAAGAGUAACGGUCAUGUAGUAGCAAAGAUACCAAUUCUGUUGCCUUGCCAUGUGUUUUGUUUGUUAGUAAUUUUUUUCUGAAUUUAUUUGGUUAGGUUUAAUUACUUCAAAAUACUUGGUAUAUUUUAGGCUUUACUAAAACAGUUCUUCUUUAAUGUUCAUUUUGUUCCAAUGCGCAUCCAGACUACUAAUGCGAUGUACAUUAUUUACCUUGUGCUUUAAAAUGAUUUCAAGAUGUCUUCAGUAGUUGGUGAUGAGAAAAUAUCUGCGAAAUGAAACCUUGAAAUAUGAAUAGAAGCAUAUAUUUAAAUACUGUAUAAAGGAAACUAAAAAUAUGUAUUAGAAGUGGAUUUUUGAAAUACAGGACGUAUGAUUUGAGAUUUAGGGACAUUUUUUAUUAAGAAUUUGAGACAAACUUUGAAGUGUAAGAAAGUAAAUUAAAAUUUUAAAUUAAUAGAAGAAAGUGUGAAUGCUUCCUGCUGUCACAGAAGCACACUGUUCAACCCCUAAAAUUAUGGGUUUUACUACUGGGUUCUUUCUUAGUAAAACAGCAACAACAAACAAAAUCUUUUUCUGCUACUUGGGUUCUACUUGAAUCCUGUUUUUCCAUUCCACUCUAUCUAAGGUCGUAGCCUCAGUCAAACCACAUGUUAUCAUAUCAUUCCUUAUUAACUCUACCCACGUUACACACACAGAUUAAAUCUCUACCCACGUUUUGGUCUUCCCAUUUACCUAGUAUUACCCUCUUAGUGUAGACCACAUCACUCUUCCUAACUGGCAACUUAAUGGUCUUCUUUGCACACAUCCAAAACAUCUUAGUCGAUAUUCUCUAAUUUUAUCUCCAAUUGGUGAAUGUGUUCAUUUUCUAAUUCUAUCCUUUCUUGUCUUGCUGAACAUGCAUCCCAACAUUUGCAUUUCUGCCAUUCUCACUUUAUGCCCAUGUU